UUGUUCUUUUUUGUGAAAAAAAAAAAAAAAAAAGAUGGAUUUCGAUUACGAUAGUGGUGACGACGAGGCUCCCCCCGCUGCUGCUGCUGCUGCUGCUGUGAGUGUCAAGCCCGCCUCGAGUAGCAUCUCAUCUGCUUCGAAAGGUCCGAUUGUCAUCCAUGCUCGUGGACCUACUGCUACCUCGAAAGCUAAUGGCGCAAACGGUACAACUAAAAAAAUAAUUGGGGAUCAUACGACAUCAAGUAGCACAUCUUCUAACUCACUAGUUGGAGGUAAAAAUGAUCAGCUCCUUCCCGGUCGUAAAGAGGUCCUAUCAUCGGCCGCCGCCUCGCAAGGAGUACAAGGAUCAACAGCCGCUCCUUCCAGUCCAAGUUCCUUCCCUCAAGAGAUCCAAGCUGUGCAGCAGUUUUAUCGAAGAAGGUUGCAGGUCUAUGGCGCAGAACAGCUGGAAGCCAAGACAAUCGAGUCGAGAAACACAGCUGCGGAGAUCAUCCUCUUGAUUAAGAGCGAAAUGCCGAAGCCAGAAUUCACUCUCGAAUUAAAGUGUCAGGCACUCAUCAGGCUGCACUUCCUCUCGCCCCUGCAGCUGCGACGGGAAUACGCAGAGCAUAACAGCGUGGUGCUACUAGUGGGGAAUAUCCUGCGGGAACUGAGGGCGUAUUCCAAUAUGCUGGAGGCUUUUCAUCAUGCUGUGAAUGUUGGAGGAGCUCCUGGGAAGACGAGCGCUGCGGCAAAGACAGACGACGCUGUACCACCACUAGAACUAUCUUCGGCUUCGUCAUCGUCAUCGACCGCACUUCUAGUCGAAACAACUUCUACUACAACAACUUCACCUUCCACGACACUAAAGGCACGACCAGCAAAAGGACCUAUCGAUAUCAACGGGCAUCCCGACCUCCUAAGUAUCGUUGAAGCGCUUUAUGUGGUGCUAUCUUUCCACAUACCUGCGGAGAAGUACAUCACUGCCAUUCAAGCCUUAUGUGCGAAGAUUGACGUUCGCCAGAUGCUGGCGUGCCGCAAAAUCGGCUUUCACGGGGUCGCUAGUACGCGGGUUCCAGGCUUGAGUCUGUCUCUCGCGAAACUCCUUCCUAGAGGAGCAGCCGCAGCAUACCAGGUCGCACCAUUGAAAUAUGAGCAGCAACGUGCGGAGCGAACAGUGCCUUUGUUGGCGUAUUGUAGUGGAAGGCCAAGGCACGUGAGAACAGCAGUGGCUCUGCUGAACAGCUGUCCUCAGGAUAGGCUAUGUGUGCUGUCUACGGUACUGCACAAGGUAGAAGAAACCGACCCUCUGGAUCUUGCGGAUGCUGCCGAUGCUAGCACUAGUAGUGCUCCACCAGCUGCACUGGCAAUUACAGAUGUGAAGGACGAAGAUACUGACGAUUUUGAGAAAAAGGAUGUUUCGUCAACCACAUCAUCUUCCAGCAAACAAGUUUUAGCUUUACAACUUCGUCACAAAGAAGAAGAGGAGCGCAGCCCAGUAAAAGGUGGCGCAGCUGGCGUCACAUGUCAUGCAGAAGCUCUAGCAAGGGUCGAGGAAGUAGUGGCUGUGCAUCAUGGUUGGUCCACUGUGCGACUGGAGCUGUUGGUCCUGUUAAUCUUAGCUUUGCCGGACGAUUUCCUUGCUGAACAGGACGCAGACGCCAUGCUCGCGACUGCAGUUAGGCUGUACGAGGAAACGGUGCAGUAUCUGAUGAACAACCCUCGCGCCGCGGUGAAUGCGACACAGUUGCAGAUCGACACCCAGGCGCAAAAACUCGAACAGCAGCGUCGUGACGCAGCUGCCAGCGGCAAAGACAGUAAUGGAGACGGGUACAAAUCCAAGCCAGCGGUGCAACGAUUGAGGCCAGCCAACAUGCCUAGCUACGGAUGGACCAAUAACCCUAAGAAUCUGAAACCGGAACAGCACAUCCCUCUCGAGAAACUCCCUCCUCUCUCCAGAGCAGACUUAAUCGAGAACUUGCUUCUCGGUUUCCACUACAAGCUCGACCGGCAAAUCGAGUGGGCCCGCGAUGUCCAGCGUAAACUCUUUCGCGCUAGGAAUGUCACGACCUUGGACGACUUGAAGGACACGCUACAUGAGGACCGGGUGAUCAAGCAAGGGGCCUCGGAGAUGAAAAUGGGUGGCGGAUCGUUGAAGAAGCGGAAAAUCGUACGCACAGUGCAAGUCAUGGACCACCAAGCUGGACAUGCGAUAAAAAAGAGAGGCAACGACCGCAAUCGUGUUAGUCCAGCAAGAUUGUGUGCGGAUUUUCGAGGGAGCAGUUUCUAACAUCACUGACCCCCCGUCAGCAGAAACACUGCUAAUACAUCUUCAAGAACGCUCUUGUGUCAAAAGACAACUUCUCUCCUCUGUCUUUCAUGCCCAUUGAAACAACCACGAAAUCUAAUAUCCUGUCUAGUAAGACUUUAAAGAAUAAAACAAAC